AAGUGAGUGAGUGGUAGUAUGCCUGGUGUGUGCGACGCGCUGGGCCGAUACCUUUCCCUAUCGUAGAGGAGAAUACGAAAGCUACCAUUGGGCGGUUUAAGAGGAAGGUCGCCGCUGUACCUCUCCCGUGUUUCAGGUGCAAGCCUCCGGAGGGAAUUUCAGGAACGAGGGAGAAACCGUCAGGUGUUCAGCAGCACGUGUAAUUAGCAAGCUCCUCCUCACCCUCAGGCUCCGGCAAUCCAGUCAAGCCAGACAACAGUCACCGUCACGCGAUAUUCCAGGCGCCUAAUUUACCCCCCCUCCCCUUUCCUCAAUCUCGUAAGUUCUCGCCAAAUAAAAGGCACAAUCUGCUUUACCAAUGUAGUCUUUACGUUUUUCAUAUAAGUACCAAAUUUCCUCCUUUUGCUUGUGCUUGUGCCUUUCCCUUCACAUUAGUUUCAAAUAACACCAAUAAACAAGAAAAUAUUAAGGGGCACCGGUGUUGUGACACUUCCACAACACACACUGUGCAUAAUCAACGAGAUGUCGGGAAAGGCUGGGUCUUCUGGCACCCCCGCGCGCCCCUGGCAAGAUUCCUUACACACGGCAGGACAGGCGCUCAACUUCCUGCUGGCGUCUGGCACUCUCUCAGACGUCACGCUGAUGGUGGGCCGGGAAGGUAAACAAUUCAAGGUGCACCGCCUCAUCCUGGCCAUGAGGAGUCCUGUCUUGGAAGACAUACUGCUCCUCAACACCACCAGCAAAAGCAGCGUCGUCACUCUCAAGGACGACUCGCCCUCCGCCUUCUACUGGCUACUUAACCACAUCUACGCCGACAAGAGUGACAUCAGCGAUAUCGACCUCGCCCUGCAGGUGCUCGGUUUGGCGGACAAGUACAUGGUGGCCAGCGCUUAUGACAUCUCCAUAAAGUUCCUGCAGACUGCUGUGAAGCGAAACAAUGUGCUUAAAAUUUACAAGUACGUGGUUCAUCUGUUUCCUGACAACGAGUCUCUGAGGAACCUUUGCUCGAGGAUAUUCCAGGACAACGGAAACGCGGUUCUGGUUUCUCCCGCCUUGCUGGAGCUCACUCCGGAGACAAUAGGUCAACUUCUAGUGGAGCCUCUCAGGGUAACGUCUGAGACAGUUAUAUUCAAGGCUCUCGUCAAAUGGGGUCAGGCUCAGGUCAAGCUACAGAAGAAGCCGUCCACGGCGUCAGGACUUCGCCAAGAGAUAAGUCAGUUCCUGCCUCUGGUGCGCUUCUUCACCAUGACCUAUGAGGAAUUCGUGCAGAGCGUCGUUAUCUCAGACGUUCUCACUCCCGACGAGAGCGUUUUCAUCCUUAAGAGCAUCGCAAACCCUGAAGGAGACGUUUCCUCUUUGUCCUCUUUCACGAGUAACGCCGUCAAGAUCAACACCAGUAGGGAGUCUCGAGCCUUCCCCAUUACCAAGGACGUGACUCGUACGUGCGUGUGUGAUGGCGUCAGCAAGCUGUGGUUACAGGAACAAGUGUACCAUUUCCAGCUUGUGCCCAGCGACAACAUUGUGCUCCUGGCAGUCAACGUCCAGCUGCAGGGAGGCAGUGGGGAGGCUCAGGUCAGCAUUCGCAAGGAAGAUCCCAGCUCCCCUGUGCUGGCCAGUGCCGGGUCACGCAGCGGCCACCUCCCCUUCAGCCACCCAGUGUACAUGCGGGAAGACGUCACCUACAUUGUCACCAUUCAUGUCCCUGAUCCCCACACGUCACUUUACGGUAGCAAGUUCAGCAAAGAGGUGUACGAAGCAGGCGGAUUUAGGUUCACAAUAACCCCGGGAAUCUUCGUGAGUGCGCUGGAGUUUUUCUGAUGAUGAGAAACAACGAGGCUCGCGCAAAUUCUCAAAAUGUGUCGAUAUAUUGAGCCAUGAAGGCGAAUGCAAUUUAUGGUGUUGCUCCGUCUCCCAGGAAGAGGACGGUGUGUAGUGAUACAGCAGGACAUUACAGUACAAACCAGUGUUAGCUUUGUUGCUUGAGUGACUGUAUUCAUGUCACUUGUGUAUAUAGCCGCUUUUUUCGUUCGAGUUGUGUGAUACUAACUUAAGAUUGAUGUGGUUUUCUUUGUACUUUCAUGAACAAACCUAACAAUUUUUUUUAGAUUAAACGAAUAAUAAAACAAG